AUGGCUUUCGAUGCGAUAACAGUCAUCCGUAGCACCGCCCAAGAUGGCCGUACGAGGGAUUUGCGAUACAAACAAAGGCAGCUUCGGUCAUUGCACGAGUGGGUAAGCAGUCACUCUGCAGCGAUCGAAGUUGCCGUGCAGCAGGACUACAACUUCUCUGUAGCUGAAGCGCAAUGUCUUAUGUCUCAAACACUCAACGAAGCAAGAAUUUUCUACGAUCAGCUUGACCUACAAAGAGAUCUCAACAAUGAAUACCGUCUCAGAAACGGGCAAAGCAACGAAGCACGAAGGGUCUCAGUAGGACUAACCUACGUAAUUCCCGAAAAAUGGGGUCUCUUUUUCAACGCCAUGAGCGUGCUUUAUGCCUGUAUCGCAGCUGGUUCAUGUUGUGUGAUCGAGCUGCCAGACUCCCCUACCGCUAGCACAUAUCUCCUAUCGAAUUGCUUACGCGAGGCGUUGGACCCAACAGCUUUUUUCACGCUCAGCACUCGGCCUGACCUCAAUGUGCUUUUUCACUUUCUCGUGGUCGAUCAAAAUGUGAAAGUCUUUCAAAAAGGUUUGCAGAGCGAUCUGGAGACUACGGGGCGCGCGGUGGCCGCCUCCAUAGUUGACCGUACGGCGAAUCUCAAGCUAGCGGCCCAAGAAGUCCUCAAGUCGGCACUAUUAUUUUCAAAAAGAGGGCCGUACGCCCCGAUUUGUGUCCUCGUCAACGAGUUUGUGGAAGCAAAGUUCAUUGCACUGCUGCAUGAACAUUCCAAAUCGUUCUCACGGACGGAUAGAGAGAAUGGACGUAAUACAUUACGCGAUCCCCAAGGAAAUGGAGACAAACACCGUGCAAUACUUGAUGAAGAAGAUAUACUUGCCAGUGGUUUACGGCUUGUUAGACUAUCGGAACGACGCGAUCUGUGGACCUCUCAACAGCAUUGGAGUGCUUCAACAUUACUGGUAUUGGCUACCAGCAGUCAUGAUGAUGCUAUUGAUGCGCUUAAUGCGACUAAUCGAGAAGCUUUACUGGCAUUGUAUAUCUUUGCAGACCCAGCAGCUGCAAAAUAUCUAGCCCAAUUCAUUAACACCAAAGUCAGCUUUGUGAAUUAUGUUCCAGCUCAUAUACUAGCUUGGCCUGCCGCUCCCGAUGGUCAUGCAUUCUCACCAUACACACUUUAUGAUCGUGCUACGAUGGAAAUCCCCAGCCCACAGUUCGCAAUGCCUGAGAAUAUCCAAUUAAAUCUUCAAGAUUUUACUCAGAAAACGUCACAGAGUCGCGAGGCGCUGUAUCUAAAAGCUUUGCAACCACUGAAGUCUAAUGACCAACCAGAGCCAAGAAACAAGAAUUUCUUCUCUCAAGGUCUUUUGGCAGGUGUUGUCCUCGUUGUCCUGCCAGUCCUUUCUAUCACAACCGGCAGCUUAGCGACUUUGAUCAUCUAUUUGUGGAAGAGGAGUGCGUGA